AUGUCGUCCCAGAGCUCCAGCAGUUCCUCAAAGGAUACUUCCAAGAAAGAGUCCUCCGAACUGAAGAAGCUCCAUUUCGUUGCCUCCUUCGAACACCAGAAACUUCUCGAAGACGUCAGCAACAAGGCCUACGACCUCGGCGUCAAAGCCGGCCGUGAACAAGUCAAUCCACCCGACGACGAAACACAAGCCCUCAUCCUCAGCCUCACAGACCGCAACGACGAGCUGGAGAAGCAGAUCAAGGACCUUGCAACCGAUGCGCUGCUGGAUCUUGCCAAGGAUGUUCGCAACAAUGUCACCUCAGCCCAUCGCGCCGUGAACUCUGCGACUCAUGCUGAAGGUCUCACACGCAACUACUAUCGAAUUCUUAGAGAGUCAUGCAGUGAGCUUUCAGAUCUCGAGGAUAAGUGCAAGGAGCGGGUUGACAAGAUCUCGCGCGCAGCGAACAAGAGAGUCGGAGGCGCUUUGAAGCAUAACUACGUCCAAAAGACGUUCAACCUCGAAGACAUUUGCGUUCUCUUUGAAGUUCUCGGCUUCAUGCGAUCUCAUGGUGAAACGGUGUUCCAGCAUCCAAAGACUCCUGCGGCACUUAGUGAUUCGCUUCGUCUGAUACUCACGUUGCAGCUGAGUCCACGGCGUCUCAUUACCGUACCAUCAUGCUCUUGUUCGGGCCAUCUCGACCCAGCACCGGUUAACAGUGGCAACGUUCACUUCUUCGUAUGCGCCCACAAUGCACCCAGAGCAUCAUCCGUUGUCAACCCUUUUCUCAUUCUUCCUCUUCGCUUUUCUCCAAACCCUUCGUCUUCACCUUCACAAAAGCUCAUCACCAUGUAUCGUAACAUCAAACUCAAGCGCAAACCUCUUCCCUCCUCCCCUCUCAAGCCAUCAUCUCCAGUCUCCGAUCCCCUCCCCUCUUCCUCACCUCCCAAAGUCCAACCUGUCAACUCAAUCCGUCGCUCCCCCGGGGGCUGCCCCAUCUGCAAAGCCAUGCUCGUCAACCGCAACGGCAGCCUAGCGCGUCACAUUAAACGCCAUGCAAAGCUCGCCAAAAUCGAGGCUAUGAACAUCGAGAUUGAUCUUCCACGAAUGGACGCUCCUGACUUUGACGUCGAGCUCGCUCAGAAAAUGUGGCAGUCGGUUCCUGCGAGACGUCGCGCAACUGGCGGUGUAUUCCUCGAUGGGCCGCUCGCUGGAAAGGGUUUCUUUGAGGGGAUGCCCAGUGUUUUUCUCCCAAAUGGACGAGUCAAGCCUAAGUGGGCGUGGAUAAAGAAGGAUCUUGAUUCGAGGGUUGGACGUGGUCCUUUGAGGGCUCUCAAGAAUGUGAAUGCCAACGCUGGGUACGAGGAUUACAUGGGGAUCUAG